AUGUCAGAAAUAAAACCUUUACAAGUAAAAUAUGGUAAAGAUGUUGGAAUUUUAAGUUUUACUGACAACACACUCAAUCUAGAGCGACAAGCCAAAGCUGCAAUAAAAAUUCCUGCAAAAAACAUUCUCGACUUAUCUUUGGAUGAAAAGUCUCUCAUUACCAUCAAAGCUGUUACAAAAGAAGGAAAACAAAAACAUCAAUUGAUGUCUUUUAUUUUUGAACCAGAAGAUUCUACAACUGUAAAAUCAUGGUCUGAUUCAAUUAAUGAUGCUAUCUGUUUAGUAAUUGUGAACCCCAACAGUGGUACAAAAAAGAGCCAUGCUGUUUUUGUAAAAGAAGUUAAGCCUGUCUUUGAUGCUGCUAAAUGUACUUAUGAUGUAACCUAUACUCAGCAUAAAAAUCAUGGCAAUGAAAUUGUUCAGGGACUUGAAUUAAAGUCAUAUGAUGCAAUAAUUACUGUAGGUGGUGAUGGAAUUAUACAUGAAGUUGUUAAUGGACUUUUAACACAUAAAGAUUAUAGAAAUAUCCCUAUUGGUGUAAUUCCUUCAGGUAGUGGUAAUGCUUUAAGUAUUAGUUUACAUGGUGAAGUAUUAGGUUUAAAUCCUACAUAUUCUGCUCUUGCUAUUAUUAAAGGCAUAAAAUUAGACAUUGAUAUCUGUUCUAUUACUCAGGGCAAAGAAAGAUGUUUUUCAUUUUUAACACAAAGUUAUGGAAUAAGUGCAGAUUGUGAUUUAGGAACUGAAAAUAUGAGAUGGAUGGGUGAUCUUCGUUUUAUAAUUGGUGCAGUAAAAGCAAUUCUAGAAGGUCGUAGAUAUAAAUGUGAUUUGGCUAUUAAAAUUUCAGAGGAAAAUAAAGAAACAAUAAAAAGAACUUAUCAAAACUCUUAUAAAUCAUCAUUGCCUAUAUCAACACCAACUAAUCCCAAAAUAGUUGACAAAUAUGGAAGUGUAAAUGAUGACAUACCUGAAGAUUGGAAAAUUAUCAAUGAUGAUUUGUUUAUGUUUUAUACUGGUAAAGUUCCAUGGGUAGGCAAGGGAUUUUUAUGUUUUCCUGCAGCUUUACCUAAUGAUGGUUUAUUGGAUUUAACCCUUGUCAAACGAGAUGCUGUUAAUAGGAAAAGAGCACUUGAUAUUCUUUCUAAUGCUCAAACUGGUAGUCAUUUUGAUCAAAAUGAGGUUGAAUAUUAUAAAAUUGAGGCUUUUAGAUUAACACCAAAAAAUAAGAGUGGUUAUAUUAGUAUUGAUGGUGAAUCAUUUAAAUUUGAACCAUUUCAAGUAGAAGUUCAUCCUCAAUUGAUCAGUGUAAUUGGAAUGGAAGGAAAAUACUUUCCAAAAUUUCUUUCUACAGGCGGGCGAAGUUCCGACCAGGUUAGUAGCCUCUUUAACAACAAUGCAAUUUCAAUAAACUUGAAGGCCACGUUAUCUGCUAAUCUGACUAAUAAUAACCAAUUUGUGAAUCCAAACUGUCCAAAAAGCGGGCAAUUACUUGUAAUGAGGGAUAAUGAGGAAAAAGAAGUUACUUCUAUUGUCCAAGAAUCAUACACUUCUCAAGACAUGCCUAAAUCAACAAACGAAAACAACGAGACAAUAACAGAAAUUACUGUUUCUAAUGAAAGUUCAGGAUACUCUUUAGAAGAAAUAAAAAAUGAUAUAGAGAAAAUCAAAUCAUUGAAACAGAAAGCAAUGCAAGACCCAAUACAGUAUGUUGAAGGCAUUAUGGCUGGGGUAUAUGAAAAACUGCCAAAAAUUCGUAAUAUAUUAGAAGUUCCAAAAAUUGAUUGGUCAAAGUAUCAUACAAGUCCAUCAGAAUACAAACCAGAUCCAGAGUUUACUCCAGUGUCUAAUAAGCCAACGUGCGAACCAAUUGAAUCUGUUGAAUUUGUGCAUCAAUGUGCUGAAAAAGUGGGCUUAACAAGAUACAAUAAACGAGAACCUACAACUCUAAAAAAAUCGCAUGCCAAAAGAAGAUCAACAGACAGUAAAGAUCAUGUACAUUAUGGACAUUCUUGUAGUUCAUGUAAUAAGAAUCCAAUAGUAGGGACUCGAUUUGUUUGCAGGGAUUGUAAAGGCUUAGACUUAUGUGAAGAGUGUACUAUUGAAGGAUUAUUUGAAAAUGAACAUCAUAACAAAUCGCAUCAAUUCAUUGUAAUUACUAAGCCUGCAACAUUUCAUUUUGAUAUGUUAGAAAAUGUUGGAGAAUCUAAUUUAUAA